GCAAAAGAGGGAGUUGUCUCUGAGCAGCCGACAGUGCAGAGUAAACGCCAUGCAGCCGAUAGCUUUGUAGUUACACUGACAACACUCUUUUUUAAUAACUUUUCACUAGUUUAAUCUAUUUCUCAAGCACCAGGAGGAAAGAAGGGAGGAUGGAGACAAGUCCCAUCCCGGUUGUGACGGUCCAAACCUCGCCAUUUGAAGAUCAGCGGCCUGGUACGAACGGAUUACGCAGAAAAACUGCCGUAUUUGAGGGGAAGAAGAACUAUCUGCAGAAUUAUAUCCAGAGCCUGCUGUCUUCCAUCGACCUGCGAGACCGCCAGGGCUGCACUAUGGUGGUGGGCAGUGAUGGGAGAUACUUCAGCCGCGUGGCCAUCGAGGUCAUAGUGCAGAUGGCAGCGGCAAAUGGGAUCGGCCGUCUAGUGAUUGGACAUAAUGGUUUGCUGUCCACUCCGGCUGUGUCCUGCAUCAUCAGGAAGAUCAAGGCCAUCGGGGGCAUCAUCCUCACAGCCAGCCACAACCCCGGGGGUCCUGGAGGGGACUUUGGGAUCAAGUUUAAUGUGGCCAACGGAGGCCCGUCUCCAGACACAGUGCUGGAGAGAAUCGCUCAGGUGACUCGGACACUGGAGGAGUUUGCCAUCUGCCCUGACCUCCGCAUUGACCUGUCCAGACUUGGGCGCCAAGACUUUGACCUGGAGAACAAGUUCAAGCCAUUCAGAGUUGAGAUUGUGGAUUCUGUUGAGGUUUACCUUCAACUUCUACGCAACAUUUUUGACUUUGGGGCCAUAAAGAGUCUGCUCACGGGACCGGACCAGCUCAAGAUUCACAUAGACGCCAUGAACGGAGUGAUGGGUCCGUACGUACGCAGGAUCCUAUGUGAUGAGUUGGGAGCCCCGGCUAACUCCGCAGUGAACUGUGUUCCCCUGGAGGAUUUUGGGGGCCAGCCUCCGGAGCCCAACCUGACCUAUGCCACGGCCCUGGUGGAGGCCAUGAAGGGAGGGGAGUUUGGGUUCGGAGCUGCCUUCGACGCAGACGGGGACCGCUACAUGAUCCUCGGAGAGAGUGGUCUGUUUGUGCACCCCUCGGACUCUCUGGCCAUCAUGGCGGCAAACCUGUCCACCAUCCCGUACUUCAAACAGAUGGGGGUCCGAGGCUUUGCCAGGAGUAUGCCGACCAGCGCCGCCAUAGACCGGGUAGCCAAGGCAAUGAAACUAGCCCUGUACGAGACUCCCACAGGGUGGAGGUACUUUGGGAAUCUGAUGGACUCUGGCCGAUGUUCGCUCUGUGGAGAGGAGAGCUUUGGGACAGGUUCUGACCACAUCCGGGAGAAGGAUGGACUCUGGUCUGUGCUGGUCUGGUUGUCUAUAAUGGCCGCUCGGAAACAGAGCGUGGAACAGAUCGUCCGAGAGCACUGGGCCAAGUUUGGACGCCAUUACGUUUGCAGAUUUGACUAUGAGGGCCUUGAUCCUCGUGCUGCCUUUUAUCUGAUGAAGGACCUGGAGGGAGUGAUCUUGGAUAAGGCGUUCACAUACCAGAAGUUUGCAGUAGGAGACCACAUGUACGGUGUGGAGAAGGCCGACAACUUUGAGUAUAUCGAUCCAGUGGAUGGAACAGUGGCCCGCAACCAGGGUCUGAGGAUCAUCUUCAGUGACUCUUCUAGGUUGAUUUUCCGAGUGAGCGGAAGUGGCGGAGGUUGUGGUUCCACUGUCCGAAUUUAUGCUGAGAGCUUUGAGCGGGACCCUGAGAGACAUAGCCGCGAGACUCAGGUGGUGUUGGGGCCUCUUAUCGCCAUCGCUCUGAAAAUCUCCAACAUCCACGAACGAACGGGACGCCGAGGCCCCAAUGUGAUCACAUGAACAACCAGCUACAAGGCAUUAGCAUCUGCAGUACUGGGCACAACAAUGUACUUAUUAUGAACAUCUGACAGUUUUGCUUUAUACAUAUUCAGCUAACAGGAGGCACUAAAGUCACUGCACUGCUAAAAGUGGCUUGAGUUCAGGAUAUUCCUUUUGUUUUGAGUAGCACAGAUUAAGUUGGUUAAAAUAUUUGGAGUUGUAUUAAGUUGUUUCAAUUUGACCAUUCUUACAGAGGGGUUAUUUUAAUUCUAUGGGGUAUUAAAGAGGGAAUAUUUUAGUUCUAUGGGGUAUUAACAAGAGGGUAUUUUACUUCUAUGGGGUAUUAAAGAGGGAUAAUUUAUUUCUAUGGGUUAUUAAAGAGGAAGUAUUUUACUUCCACUGGGUAUUAAAGGGGGUAUUUUACUUCUACGGGGUAUUAACUAUAUCACGUAACAUAUUGAGAUCACCAUGUUCCCUUUCAUUGUUUUGAAAAAGCUAUUCUUGCCCAAAACAAUAUAUUAACAAUUUUAUUAGUUUCACUUUCAUUUUUGAUGCUCUGAGUUCCCACCUCUAUGCUUUCCGUGCUAAGUCACUUCAUCUUCAGAGGGCUAUCUCAACACAUCAGCGUGCAUCCCACUAAUUAAACUACUGCACAUCACAUGGAGAAAGCGAAAAAAAAAAAAGAAGAUUUUGCAUAACACCCCCUCUUUAAUUUCAAGAAAAAAUGUACACCAUGUAGGUUUGUUUUUGUGGUGGAGGAUCUGCUCACAAUAACAAUUCAUGUAUUGAAAGGUAAGUGAAUAAAUGCAAGAAAGACCAUACUGUGGAACAUUCCAGGCAAAGCAAAACAUCUCCAUGAAGACAAGCAGGUUCCGACAUUCCACCAGAAAAGUAACACACUGCACUUUUGAAAGAUCAACUGAAUAAGUAAAAAAUAAUAAUUUUACCAACAGAUAAAAAACAGCUCAAAACAGAAAAAUGUCCUGAUUUCAAAUCAUUGUAACCCACGUUCGUCUAUAAUGAAAAUAUUUAUUUUAUCAUGUGCACAAGAAAAAUACAGUUUGAUUUUUAUAGAACUAAUAAUUUCAUUAAUAACUACAGACUGUAUAUAUAAAUGGACAUAGCUAACCUGCUAGUCACCACGUUCCAAACAGGAAGUGAUCAUGGGCACUCUUCUGGCUCCAUCGACUCUGUGGCCCCUCUCUCUGCAACUGCUGCGGUCAACAUGUAUGUCUUAAAAUGUUUGCAUUAACCCACCCUACAAGAUUUCACUAUUGCGCCCAUAAAUUAAGAUAUGAACAUAUGAAUAGACAAAUCAGAUGCCUUUUUUCCCCAAAGUCACUCUCACGCUCGCUUCAUGCUAAACCAGCAAUGCGAGGGGAAGGGGCGUUCCCUUCAACAGCCUCGCUCUGGAUUGGCUCUUUGGUUGUUGUGAGAACACCUGUAUUUAUGUAUGAAAAAGCAAUACUUUUAGUAUUAAGAAGACCCACGUAGGCCGUAGUAAGUAAUUUCAGUAAUGAGGUCACGUUUCAAGUGUUUCAUUUGUUCUUCUGCCAGGA